AUGGCCAAUACUCCUCACGGCGGCGUCCUCAAGGACCUCUUCGCUCGCGAUGCCCCGCGCCAGGCUGAGCUUCUGGCCGAGUCGGACACCCUGCCCGCCUUGACCCUGACCGAACGUCACCUGUGCGAUCUUGAGCUGAUCCUCAAUGGCGGCUUUUCUCCUCUGGAGGGCUUCAUGACAGAGAAGGACUACAACGGCGUGGUCAAGGAAAACCGACUGGCCGAUGGCGCACUCUUCAGCAUGCCCAUCAACCUCGACGCAUCUCAGGAGACCAUUGAUGAGCUGGCAAUCAAGCCCGGUGCCCGUAUUACCCUGCGCGACCUUCGUGAUGACCGCGCUCUCGCCAUCCUCACCGUUGAGGAUGUAUACAGACCCGAUAAGUCGCUGGAGGCUCAGGAGGUCUUUGGCAGCCCCGAUGAUGAGACCCACCCCGGUAUCAAGUAUCUCUUCCGAACGGCCAAGGAGUUCUAUGUUGGUGGCAAGGUCGAGGCCGUCCAGAGACCAGCUCACUACGACUUUUUGGACCUGAGAUUCACCCCUACCGAGCUGCGACAGCACUUCGAGAAGCUCGGCUGGAACAAGGUCGUCGCUUUCCAGACCCGUAACCCCAUGCACCGUGCCCAUCGCGAGCUGACGGUUCGCGCCGCUCGGUCCCAACAAGCCAACGUGCUGAUCCACCCCGUCGUCGGCCUCACCAAGCCCGGCGAUAUCGACCACUUCACCCGCGUCCGCGUCUACAAGGCUCUCCUGCCCCGGUACCCCAACGGCAUGGCGGCGCUGGCCCUGCUGCCCCUGGCCAUGCGUAUGGGUGGCCCCCGCGAGGCCAUCUGGCACGCCAUCAUCCGCAAGAACCACGGCGCGACACACUUCAUCGUCGGACGCGACCAUGCUGGUCCCGGCAAGAACAAGCACGGCAAGGACUUCUACGGUCCUUAUGACGCCCAGGUGGCGGUGCAGAAGUACCAGGACGAGCUGGGCAUCAAGAUGGUCGAGUUCCAGGAGAUGAUUUACAUCCCCGACCGUGACGAAUACCAGCCGGCCAACGAGAUCCCCGAGGGCACGCGCACGGCCAAUAUCUCCGGCACCGAGCUCCGUCACCGCCUGAGGACCGGCAAGGAGAUCCCCGCGUGGUUCUCGUACCCGGAAGUGGUCAAGGUUCUCCGCGAGCAGAACCCCCUGCCUUCGACCAAGGGCUUCACCGUCUUCCUGACUGGCUACACCAACAGCGGCAAGGACCAGAUCGCGCGUGCGCUGCAGGUGACGCUGAACCAGAGCGGCGGGCGGUCCGUGUCGAUGCUGCUGGGCGAGAUGGUGCGGUCGGAGCUGUCGUCGGAGCUUGGCUUCAGCCGCGAGGACCGCGACAAGAACGUCGCACGUAUCGCGUUCGUGGCGUCCGAGUUGACCCGCGCCGGUGCGGCCGUCAUUGCGGCUCCCAUCGCGCCCUACGAAGAGGCGCGUCAGCAAGCCCGGGAGCUGGUGGAGAAGUCGGGCCCCUUCUUCCUCGUUCAUGUGGCAACGCCGCUCGAGUACGCCGAGAAGACGGACCGACGGGGCAUCUACAAGAAGGCCCGGGCCGGUGAGAUCAAGGGUUUCACGGGCGUCGACGACCCGUAUGAGAACCCCGUCAAGCCCGACUUGGUUGUCGACUGCGAGAAGCAAACCGUGCGGUCCAUCGUGCACCAGAUCGUCUUGCUGCUUGAGAGCCAAGGUCUGCUAGACAGGCUAUAA